UGGAAAGAAGGUAAAAGAAAGAGCACCACCACCUAUGGCGUCUGAGGUAGACGUUCCCGACCACUUAAAGUGUCCCAUUUCCCUCCAAAUAAUGUCCGACCCGGUCAUUCUCUCUUCCGGACACACCUUCGACCGCUCCUCCAUCCAACGCUGGCUCGACGCCGGCCACCGCACUUGCCCAAUUACCAAACUACCCCUUUCACAACACUCUUCCCUCAUCCCCAACCACGCUCUGCGAAGCUUAAUUUCCAACUACGCCCCCAUAAACCCUCUUAACCAUUCUCACCCACACACCCUAAUCUCCACCCUCACCUCUCUCUCUUCCUCUCCCAUCUCCAAACUUGACGCGCUCCGCCUCCUCACGCGCCUAUCCCACGCUGACUCCCUCUUUCGCCGCCGCCUCUCCGACUCCCCCGCCUUACUCCCCGCGCUUCUCUCAUGCCUCCACGAUGCCUCCUCCCCCGCCCUCCGCCACCGUGUCCUCUCCCUCCUCCUCCACCUCUCCCUCGACGACGACACCAAAGUCGGCCUCGUCGCCGAGGGCGUCCUCUCCCGCAUCGUAGCCCUGCUCUCUGCCCCCUCCGACUGCCGCGCCGUCGCCGCCACCCUCCUCACCAGCCUCGCCGUCGCCGCCACCCUCCUCACCAGCCUCGCCGUCCUCCACGUCAACAAGGCCACCAUCGGGGCCUUCCCCCGCGCCAUCCACGCCCUCGUCUCCCUCAUACGCGAAGGCAGGCCCAGGGAGAGUAAAGAAGCCGCCACCGCGCUCUUCGCUCUCUGCUCCUUCCCCGACAACCGCAGCCGGGCGGUCGAGUGCGGCGCCGUCCCCGCUCUCCUUCGGAGCGCCGAUUCGGGGCUGGAGAGGAGCGUGGAGGUUAUCGGGGUUUUGGCGAAGUGUAAGGAGGGGAGGGAGCAGAUGGUACGGUUUGGCGAAUGCGUGAAGAUUCUUGCUCGUGUGUUGAGGAAUGGAAGCUCCAGUGGAGUUCAGUAUGCUCUUAUGGCUCUAUAUUCUCUCUGUUAUCAUAGUGAGGAAAGUGUUCUUGAGUCCUUGAAAAAUGGGGUUUUGGAAAUUUGUGAAGGGUUGUUGCAGGAUGAUAAUGCCAAGGUGAAGAUGAAUUCCUCAUGUUUGAUUCAGCUUCUCCGUCAACACCCAUUGGCUGAGUUGAGAUAAUGAGUCUGUGAAUGGAUGUCAGCUGGAUCAUUCAUCGUUAAUAUAAUACUCAUAUUGCUUCUACGUUUAUGCUCACCGGAAAGUGUACAACUUUGUUUCAAAGUGAACUAAAAAAGUUUCCAAACACACCCUUAUGGGGUGGAAUUGGAAUGAAGAAGGAUCAACUUUGAUGUCCUCUGUGCGGGUUAAUAAGUUUCCGCCAUUCUAUGCCAAUCCAAGCUUUCAUUUGAGGAGGGCCAUCUCCUAAUAACUUACACCAGAAUUUGCUACCGGAGCAUGUAAAGUACAGAAUUUGCAACUGAAGUAUGUAAAACUUUUCUCGCAGAGCUUUUGAAAACAAGCUUUUAGCAAUCUAUUUAAUUAAUGCAUUGGCGAAAUAUUCCUAAAUCCUAAUGAAUGACAAGUUGGGAAUCAA